GAAAGCAUUUAUGAACUAACCACCGCAAUUAUUGAUGUACCGAUGGUUACUGCAUACCUACAGGAAUUGAAGAAUUUCGUAGAUCCUUACACCAACACGCAACCUGAGGCCAUUACAAUUCGAGACACCAUCGAUGCAUGUCUGGCUGACCUGCAAGAAGCGGACUCUCUGAGUAGUCAUGCUUUGCAACUGGCCAGCUUAUUUACGGAACUGCAAAAGUACCAAGUACUAUCUCCGCAACUACAAAACAUAAGCGACACACUACAAUCGGUAAUCCAGAUACUAUGUAUCAGUUGGGGCAUAUAUAUGAACCUGUUGUGAAAUGCAUUAAAAUAUAUGAAGAUGCUAACAUGGAUUAACUAUACGAAUUUACGAAGUCGAGGCUUGGCAAGCGUAUGCACUUCAAUCGGGGUAGGUUUCCUAAUUUUACUGGCAGACAGAUAAAUAUUACUAACUUUCCCACGAAGCAUUAGCUGAAUGUCG